AUGUCAGAAGAAAGGAUCUAUUCUUCUGGGAGAGAGCCCUACUUCAACCUGAACUCAACAUGGUACGACCCAGCAGGAUCCUGGUUGGACAAUCGUCGUAAGCCCUUCUGCUAUGUCGACAACACCGCCUGCGUGACUUGUUGCUGCCCCAGGGCCAACGUACCCCGAAGAGGUGGCCAUAAUUACCGAUGCUACUGUUACCGCCGUUCAACCUGUAGGCCUGGGGGGAACCCAAGGGUUAGAUGCUGUGUCCACAAUCCUUCAGGGGGACCCCGAGAUUAUUGGGGGCGCCCAAUAGGAGAUGCAUGUAAUGGGUGUACUGGGGGAUACUAUUCUCACGCAGGGUCAGACUGUGGAUCAUGCUGUGGAUCUUCAGGAGGAAGUGGAACUGGAGGAGGGGUAGAGGCUUGUGCUCAACCAUGUGUUUCAUCAGGAGGACUAUGUGCUGAACCAGGGUGUUCAGGAUACGGCAAUGGAAGGAGAGGGGUGUGCUCUGAGCCAUGCGCAUCAGGUCGAUGUUGA